CAACCAUAGCCGUGAAGAACCAACCAAGAUCAUCACCACCAUCACAAUAACCACAACCACAAACACUCACUCGCUUCUGUUGUUGCUCGCCCCAAUUCAUCCAACUUUUGACAACACAAACCCACCAGAGUCCUUGAUCUUUUUGUCCAUCCUGACUCAACUCAUCUCCACGCUUGUCAACGUGCAUCGUGCAUCGUGCAUCGGUCACCUUACCCUCUCCUUACACUCCCCACGAUCAGAUCACAUCUUUUGCACCUACGGAUCUCUUCCUCCUCUGACUUCAACCACCACCACUUUUCGCCGCGCACCUCAUCACCUACCUGUGUAGGUCAGCCUCAUCACCUCUUCACAUCCAACAUCAUGUCUUGGCAAGCAUACAUCGAUACGAGUCUUAUCGGCUCUGGAGAUGUCGAUCAGGCUGCCAUCUUCAACAGCGAAGGCACCUCGGUAUGGGCGACCUCGCCAGGAUUCAGCCUGAGCCCCACGGAGCUGCAAGAAGUUGUUGGCGCCUACAAGGACACAUCGGAGCCCAAGAAGGUACAAUCCACGGGCUUGCACAUUGCAGGCCAGAAGUACAUUGUCAUCAAGGCGGACGAUACUAGUCUCUAUGGAAAGAAGGGCCGAUCAGGCGUCGUCAUUGUCAAGACAAAGCAAGCCCUUCUCAUCGCCCACUACCCAGAGACAGUACAACCCGGUUCUGCUGCCAACACGGUCGAGAAGCUUGGGGCCUAUCUCGUGAGCGUGGGCUAUUGAUUUCAAGUUCGAGCAUGGGUUGUGACAUGGUCGCCCUCGUCCUGGCCAUGCACCCCACAUUUACGCAGUCAUGUCAAGUAGAAACAACCCCCAAUAUGAACAAGUGAACCAACAAAAAAAGAUUUCAAUUUCAAACACACACAAUGGAGUGGGUUUUGGUCUGGUGCCAGAAAUUGAUAGAUGGAAUAAACUGGUACACAUGAUACUCCUGAAGUUGCUGGGCCUCUUCCUUCCCACACUCUUGUUCUAUCUUGUGAAAAUUCUACGACUGACGACAUAACUGGAAUCGACGUCACAUGCUGAAAUUUGACAUUGACAUUGCUCUUUGAAAUCUGUCUGAACUCCGAAACCUGUUUUUGCGAUGACCACGGCCACCACCACUAACACCAGCUAUCACCUCGUCAAGCCCACAGUCCCCA